AUGGAGUUAUUUGAAAGUGAAAUUGCUUCAGUGGACGAAGCAAGGUUGCGAAAACGUCGUUCGAAAUUUGGUAUUUGUUUAGAAUGCCAUCAUCCGAGAACAGGCGAUGGGUGGUGUCAACCGUGUAAUGCUAGACGACUAGCAGCAAUUCGUCUAGAUGGAGUACAGAAAAUUGGUGCUGGCGGAUAUGGAACUGUCUAUAAAGCUACAUGGAAUGCUGGUCGAGGCUCAAAUUUAGUUGUGGUUCAGCAUCGAUGGCAACAUGAAUCACGAUUAAUUGUGGUCGCUUUAAAGACUCUGGUUAAUUCGGAACAUAAUGAGGAAUUAAUUCAUGAGUCGAGACUAAUACUUCAAUCGAUCAAAGUGCAUUUACGAGCAUUUCAAUGUCAUGGCGUUACAAGAAAUCCUGCGACGAAUCAAUAUAUGAUGGUAGUACAGUAUGUAUCACAGGUACCGACGGGAGAAUUAAAAAACUAUCUAAAUCGAGGAUUUCAAGAUUUACGAUGGAAAAACCGAAUCGUUAAUUUAUUAUAUAUUGCUUCCGACUUGAAAGUCUUGCACCAAGUUGGAUUAGUUCAUGGUGACUUGAAUUCCGGUAAUUUGUUAGUACACGGAACAGCGUUAAAUGGAAUACGAGGAACACGACAACCAACUAAAACAAAUCCGCCAACUUUAUCGAAUGGGAAAAGAGAAAAUGGAAAUGUAGAUUCGGACAUAUUUGUUCAAUUCGAAGAAGCGGAACUCAAACGACAAGAAGCUUCACGAAAAUUCCCGAAACCACCGAAGAAACCAACACAUCCUCAUGCCGUCUAUCACAGUCGAUUGCUUUCUGUAGUCUCAAUUUCAGAAAAUGGCAAAAUCAAAGGACGAGCGGAAACAGUUUAUUUCGAUGCUGAGCCAAGCGAAGAACCAGAAUUCAGUAAGCAAGAUCUUGCGCUUAAACAUCUUGUUCCCGCCAAAAGCCUACCUCGUCCUGCGACCAUAUAUCAAAGACGAAGUCUUCCAAAUGUGGCAGUAUCUAACAUUGUAACUCGAUUAAGUGCUCGUAAAAGCACUUCGAAUAUUAAUAGUACUGCCACCAGGAUAAGCAAUCGUAUGGCUACUGUUUAUUUUGAUGCUGACUUAGCUGAUUUAGUUGAAGACGAUGAAUCGCUUUCCAACAGACCCCGCUCUAAAUGGAAGCAGCCAGGCGAAGGUGAUGUGCCACCGCUGCCACCUUUGCCGCCACUUUUAGUACAAUCUUCAAAUGAUUUAUUGGCUAAAGAAACUGCUAGUAGUGAAUCAACAGUAUCUUCACCACAAAGCGAAAAUUUGCCAACACCUAUUGAAUCCCCAAGUUCUCCACGAGGAGAAGAUGCCAUCGCAUGUAAAGGAAAAGAAAGUGAUUAUGCUAAAAAAUUUAAUUCAGAAUCGACAACGACCCUACAAUCAACAUUGCAAUCAACACAAAAAGACAAUCAAGACGCUGAACUCGUAGUAACAACAGUAGCAGCACAACCUUUACAGUCCGCUGAAAAAACAGUGGCAGCACAAUUCGCGGAACCAAAAGUAGAAGCACAAUCCGAUGAACCAACAGUAGAAGCACAAUCCGAUGAACCAACAGUAGAAGCACAAUCUGCUGAAACAACGGUGGCAGCACAAUCUGAAACAACAGUGGCAACACAAUCCGCUGAAACAACAGUGGCAGCACAAUCUGCUGAAACAACAGUAGCAGAACAACCCGCACAAGCUGUUGAACCAGCCAAAUCAAGAAAAAGUAAAGAAAGAGGUCGGUCACUGUCAAAAAGAUCAUAUCCAAAAAAGUCAUUUCAACCUGGAAGACUUGCACCGAUGGUGAGCGACGUUCAUAGAACGGUAAUCGACACUCAUAGAACAGUAAGCGACAGUCAUAGAACAGUAAGCGACAGUCAGAGAACAGUAAGCAACAGUCAUAUUGAAGAUUCAGAAUGGGCAAAUGAGGUUUUCUCAUCAAUAGUAAGUCCACAUGACGAAGAUACGAGUACGACUUCCAACUCUUCACAAUCAAAAGCUGAUUCAGUGAAAAGUAGCGCUGUAUCAAAAACUUCAGUUGAACCGCCGAAACUAUUGGAUAUUCCACUCGGUCUGCAGAAUCAAGGAACAUUCGAGAAAUUGCAUGCAGUACCAAAGCCGAGAAGACGAAGAUUCAAAUUCAUUCGACAAAUUUUCAAAAAGCUUUCAUUUAGAUCAUUGUUUAGAUGUGGUGCCAACCGAAAAGAUAUUUCUUUGGAGGAAUUUGAAGAAUAUUAG